AUCUGUCCUAGUCAGUGAAACGAAAACAACAAAUUCGAAAGACAUUGAAAUUUAAGUUCAGAGUCUUGUUUUAAUACCAACGUGAUUUUGUUUAAUAGUGAGAAACAUAAACAAUUUGUAACUUUGUUAUUUUAUUACGUCAGAUAAAGUUAUUGUGAGCUAGACUCUUUGUCAUUGAUAAAUGUAACAAUUCUGAACUCAAUGUAGAGUCUAAUAAAGUCUAAUUAGAUCUAUUCGAUUCGAAAUCUAUUUGAAUCUAGAUCUAGAUAUUUUUCUAAUUUUGUAUCGACCUAUAUUAUCUACAUAGAUCGAGUUCUCGAUCUGGGUUAGCCAGAGCUAUUAUCUCGGUUUGAUAUGAUCUAGAUCUAGAUAGAUCUAUAUAGAUUUAGAUCUAGGUCAAGACUAGAUCAGUCAACAAGACAUUCAAUAGUCCUAUUAUUUAUCGCAUGUUUCAGUGAAAAUAUAGACUCUAUAGAUUUUUUUUAAAUAAAUAGAAUAAAUCAUUUUGGACUUGAACACGUUUUGGAUGUAAACUAAAUCUAGAUCUAGAUCUACAGUUCUAUUCUUAUCGUGCUGUGAAAGGAUACAUAUUAUAAUUAUUUCGUACUUUGGAUUAAAAAUAUUUUAGAUCCAGUAUCAUCUUUGGAUUAUAAACUUUACGUACUUAAAUUGUCACCUGGACUUUUAACUUAGCAGACCAGAAAUGAUUUCAUGCGAACACUAUUACUAAACAAGCGCCCACUAUGAAUACGGGACACGAUCCCAUGUUGUCCAGUUUUGACAGCGAAGGGUGGUUAAAGAAGCUUGAAUGCCACUCGGGGGCACCUAGCCCCAUGGGAAUGCUAACAUGCACAUCCAACCCCUUCAGCUUGUCAAUCGAAGGCCUCCUCAGUCCUGAGCAUAGCUCUUCGUUGACUGACUUCUGGUCAAACGAUCGCAAAAGGGCCCCGUCUGUCAAAGAAGAGGACGACGACUUUACAUCUACUGGGUGCCCCGAUGACGAAAAGGCCGACCGUGAAGAUGUUGAGGUUGAUGAAGUGGACAUCGAAGAUUCGGCAUCUCUCAUUAAAACAGAAAUUCUUGACCCUGGUUAUGGAGACAGUGCUCCGAUCAGUUCUAAUAAAAUCGGAAAGUCCCAUAGCAUGUCAGAGGCUGAAGCCAGGCGGUUCGUCGAUGAGGAAUUCCAUAAAAUUGCUUUCAUUCCAAACCACAAUUUGAGUCACAAAGAAAAAAUCGAGUUCAUUUUAUCUAAAAGUGAUUGCAAAGAGUACAAAGUCAAUGAUAUUCUACAGUUUGACAAACGCUGCAAAGACUCGGCUAAAGCUUGUGCCAAAAUUGUCCAGAACAUCCCUCAGCGCUACCGCUGGGAAUGUGUCGAGCCUGAAGACAUCCCAUGCUGUUACACAAUUGUCGCAGACUGCAAGAAAUUGUCUUUCAGGGACAAACCUCCCAGACCAAUGAACGCUUUCAUGAUAUGGGCUCAGGGCGCCCGAAGAAUGAUUAAUGAACUUUGCCCGAAAAUGCAGAACGCCAUCAUCAGCGAGGCUCUAGGCGACUGCUGGCGAAACAAAAGUGAGGCAUUUAAAAAGAAGUUUGAGGACGAGAAGAACCAGCUCAGAAGGUUUCACAACGUGGAGUUCCCAGAAUACAAAUACAAACCCAAAACAAAAGUACAGAAGGCUAGGGAAAAAGAGGAGCUCACUUUGAAUAAAGCCAAAAUGCGAGCUCUUGUCAAACGCGAAAAAGUGGCGAACGUUGAAGCCGCACAGGGUAAAAAGAAGCCACAUGGAAACGCUGGUCGUCCAAGGAAAGUUCAAGGACCUAAACCUAGCGUAAGCACAAAAUCUCCUAAGCAGACUUUAUCCAAGUCUUCGCCAGCCAUCAGAGACAUGCUCAGUUUAAAAAUAUCUAAGGAUAAGCUUUUGAAAGAUCAUAUAUCAACGCCGUCUUGUCACUCCCGAUUUGGUCAGCUUAGUCCUAUCGAGGCGGAUAGCCCCAAAACGAUGGACAGAUUUGAGGAUGCCGGCCACCAUGACACUGACGUGUCUGAGACGCAAAGUAAAGGAAUGUCCUCAUCAGUCUUCGACACACCGGCUAAUACUCCUCCCUUCGACGACAGCCACGAGCCGCACCAUUCACCUGUCGCACAGGCCACGUCUCCUUCUCCACUGACCGUUAUCUCCACGCCGUCUUACACGCCCAUUUCGCAGGCUACCAUCAACUACAUUAUGCCUUCCAUUUCCGCCGUACUGGCCUCGCCCAUCAAAUCCGCUUCCACCGUGAGUUUCGCCCCUGCAUCCACAUCAUCAGUGCCCGUGACUAUCCCAGUAACUAUACCAAUAUCUGUAAUCUCAAUACCGGCAUUCAGCUCCUCAAAAAGCCGAGUGUCGAGUCAAGUGAAAGACCUUUUUCUCUUCUAUGGCAAAGACUCUAAGCCAGCAUCUUUCAAAUCGUUGAACCCCACCAGCAGCGGUUCUCACCAUUUUCAAAACCAGGAACCUAUGGACUCUCAAGAGAGUGACUGCAACAACAACCAUGCCAGCGUGGCCAACAACAACACUGACCCCGCUGCUGAUUACUCUCUCGGACAUCCACCCACGUACAGCUUAGGCAUGCUGGACACUAUGUUGGUCAGCACAGCACCAAGUGACCUUGACAGUCUGUUUGACCUAGACAUUCAGUCACCUCUCCUAAGCGAUGAUCAGAUGAACCAGUUAAUUUCAGAUGCAAAUUUUUAACGCAUCUUUUUUUUUUUUAACAAUUUUAUGCGAGACGCCAAACCUACCUCUGAACGGCUUUCGUAGUACAUUGGGAUAUAAUGUGUUUAAUUGUUACCUAGCAUUAUUUGUUAAUAUUUUUCUUUUUUUUUUCACAUGGAUAUAGAGACUAUGAUGUGAGUUGAUUGGAGUCAUUGUUCGCUAAUGAUGUUUUUCUUCAAGUGAUGGGCUUGUAUUGAGCUUUGUGAUGACAUUUAAGGAAUGAUUUUUUCUAAAUUGGAAAAGUCUAUUUGCACUAGCUGUGUUGACUUGCCUUAUAGGAAAGGUGAUAUAUUUUAACUUGUUACUGUAACGCCUUGUGUCCCCAGCAAAACUCUGAAGUGACCAAGGGCUAACAGAUAUACAAACGUAAGCGUUCACAGUCCACUUUAAUUGUCUGUAUUCACUUGAUUCAUUGUUCUAUGUGUUCAUGUUAUGUUGACGACAUAUCAUUGUUAGAAUGUUUUGAUAUUGCAGCUGAUGAUAAUGAUGACUGUGUUAUAUUUAGCUACAAAUUGUUCAUAGUUUUACUUUUUUAGUCUCGGCAUCAUUCUGAAACUUCAUUUGGCUAGCAUCUCUUUUUCUCAGUGCAAAUCAUUCAACACUGCAUUAUGACUUAACAUUAUCAUCCACACUGUUGUCAUCAUACACCGUGACAUUAGCAUGCACGCUACUUUGUUUAUAUGUAUAUAAAGGUCCUAAAUUCUAAACAUCAGUAUCCAUCUUUGAACAAAAAUUAUGUUUAUUUUUGUAACUAAAACAAAGCUAACAUUCGCGAUAUAGUUUACCACCUUACACGUCCAAUUAUACCAUCUGUGCAUAAUUCAUCUUACACUUUGAAACAAAACAUUGAAAAUAAUUGGUCUAUAUAAAUCCUUGAAGUGUACACUCGAGCCAACUUUCAAUCCCAUCCCAAUAAGUUCAUUAGUCCAGUGGGGUAGAGGACUUACACUAUGUUUGCAAUAUAAUGUCAGUAUAUUUCAAAGUAGAAUGUUACUAACUUGAUAGCAUUGAACGCACAAGGUUGGAUAUAUGGGUGAUUGAAUGCAUUAAAUAGAAAAAACAAAAGACAGGAGUAUACGAAAGCUGUAUAGUCAUGAAUAAUUGAGACCAAAGCUAAUGGGGGGGGGGGAUUUUCGGUGAUCAGCACCAGUCACGUUUGUACCUCUGGCCAACCUAUAUAGCACCAGUCAAGUUUGUACCUCUGGCCAACCUAUAUAGCACCAGUCACGUUUGUACCUCUGGCCAACCUAUAUAGCACCAGUCAAGUUGUUUACCUCUGGCCAAUGUUGCCUUUUCUUUCUUGGAAAACAAAAAAUGUGUUCGAAACUUAUUUUUGACUACUGAACCUUUGUUCUCCUCUACCUCAAUUGCUGACUGAAUGUGUUCGAAACUAGUACAAUCUCCUUAUAGAUCUCCCAAAUGGAUAUCUAUUUAAGCGUAUAUUUUAUUUGACAUUCAUUUGGUGCCGCCCCCAUCCAGGUUUCGUUUUUGUUUGUUUUCCACUUGGGCUUGUGUGUAGUUUGGGAUUGGCUUGUGUGUAGUUUGGGCUUGGCUUGUGUGUAGUUUGGGAUUGCGCUGUGGCAAUUAAAAAAGGGCAACACCUGUGUUGGAUUAUAGAAGGGCCACCACCUGUAGUUUAUUCUGAUGGCAACAUAUUGCGCCCUUUGCAUUGUUAAAUAAUUGAGUUACGCGUGUUUGAUAAUUUGAACAUCUUAUGAAGUCUGAUAGAACAGAUUUCCUGGUGAGAGAUCUUUCCAAAAACACCUAACUUCUUUGGCACACACACCCUUUUUUUUUUUUUUUGUCUAUAGAUUGAACCCUACACCAAUCUGUGCCCAUGGUACUAUUCCCGGAUUUAUAACAGUCCAAGAUUUCUAAUCUCUGUCCGCAACUUCCUUCUAGUCGUACUAGUGCGUGUCGUUUGUUAGCGAUGAACGUAUAGUAUUUUACUCGUGAGGGCUAAAGGGCGAUGUCUGAUGGAACUCCUCCGCUGAUGGAACUCCUCCACCUCUAAUAACCACCACUUUCACCAACUCCUAAUAGUUAUGACACGAAUUGGAUUCAGGUGAAGGUCAACGCCGUGCAUCUUUCUCUCUCUAUCUCUCUCUUUUUUUCUUUCAAAGGCUCAGGUACUUAAAGUAGAUCACAGUCGACGUAUCGAGUUGAACUUCUGGGCGUGUGAAAGUGAAAGUAAAUACAUUCAUUAAAAGUGGUGAAAGGUUGAAGCUAUUGAGUACACCCCCUCCCUACCUACCUAAGUACGUGAGAGUCAUUUCUACUCUCUUUGCAAGCCAACUCCUGAUAUUUACACAAACUUUCUUAGACACUGGCCAGUAGGAAAGGUCAAAGAGAUAUGAAGGAGGUCAGUGACAAGACAAAAGCGCUGCGUUCAAUUGUGUUUGUGUUGCUGAGAAGAACUUGUCUAUCACUGAGCGAGGGGGUGCCGUUAACAGCAGGUAUAACUCAUCUACGAAAACAACGUCAGCGGACAUUUCAAAACAAAUUUUAUUUUGUAGGUAAGACAAACAACACGAGUUUCCAGUCAGUGGUUGGCUCUAAUUUAAACAAGUAACAACCCUAAGACAACCAAGUUGAGUAUAGGACUCCUUGUUCAACCCAUGCCCCUAGAAUAUGAAACACACUAGAUAUGAUUAAAAAAAAAACCUGUUGAUAGACCUCGAGCCAGAUAAAAGAUUACAACACGUGCACCCAAACACUCACGCACAGACUUGGGAUAAACAUUUCAAAUAGUCCAGUCCAACUAAACAUCGGCACAGUUUAACAUCUUGAUGUGCAUGCCAAAAAGUGCUGAUGUUUUUGGGCUCCAACAUAAUGUGUAGAACGCGGAGGGUUGGGUUUACAAAAUCAAGUAAUAAAACACUGCUUGGGGUGGGCUUUAAUAAAUACCACGAUUGGUGGUCAAUAGUAUGUCAGGAGACUUCUGCUUGUGUCUCUGAACCAAACUUGCCCUACUUAAGUCGUCUGAUAUCUCCUAAUACCACUCCGCCGUCUC